CACAUUUAUACAUCCGGCGAAAUAUCUCCCAUUUUUCUAUCUGUGGUUCAAGCCUUGUUCAAAUUAUCAACACCAACAUUACAGUAGAUGACAAUUUAUGAAAUAUAUUCUUAGUUUACGUUAUAGCUAACAUAAUCGAAAUGGAAAUGUGAAUACUGAUUUGAUAUUUGCACAAAUUCGUCUUGUUCCAAGCGUUUGGCAAGGAUGCAGGAUCUUCAAGACCUUGACAAUGAAACAUCUUGGCUUGUCAAAGAGCUGGAGUCAAAUAUUGCUCAAGAAGCAGACUUUUUACCGAGGGAAACUGGCCUCAAUAUAAUGGAGUCUGCAGCAGAGAAUCACAAUGGAGUCUCUGCAAAAUGCAGAAAUGCCAAAGUUGAAGACCUGUGGAGCCUGACCAGCUUCUUUGGUUUCAGCACCAAGACAUUUGUCCUAGCUGUCAAUCUACUGGAUAGGUUCCUAGCCAUUAUGAAGGUCCAACCUAAGCACCUGCCCUGCAUUGGAGUCUCCUGUCUCCAUAUUGCUGCCAAAAUGGUUGAGGACGAGUGCAACAUCUCACCCACCCAUGAACUCAUUCGCAUCAGCCAAAGCAAGUUCACCGUUUCUGACCUCAGCCGCAUGGAGAAGAUAAUCUCUGAAAAACUCAACUUGGAGUUCAAAGCCAUCACAGCCUUAACCUUUUUACACUUAUACCAUGCUGUCAUCGUAUCACUUACGUCAGAAAGGGGGGAGAUCCCAAGCAUUGGGAGACUGGAAGCCCAGCUAAAAGCCUGCUUAUGCCAGCUUGUUUUCUCUAAAGCAAAGCCAUCGGUGCUGGCACUGUCUGUUAUUACUCAGGAAUUUGAUGCCCUCCAGUCUCUUGCCAUGUUGGAAAUUGUCCAAGAACUCCAAAGGCACCUAAAGAUUGUUGACAGUGAGUUACUCUACUGGAGGGGACUUGUGGCCAAAUGCAUGACUGAGUACAGCUCAAGUGAAUGUAACAAACCAGACAACAAAAAACUGGUGUGGAUUGUGUCCAGACGAACCGCCCAAAAUUUGCACGCAAAUCACUUCAGUGUCCCUGAACUGCCGACUAUUCCAGAGGGGAGCUGGGAUGAAAGUGAGAGUGAGGAUUCCUGUGAGGACAUGAGCUGUGAAGAGGACAGCCUGUGCGGCUCUCCUGGCAGCGACGCAGAGGGAGCCUUCUUCCCCUCAGAGUUUCGCAACCAGGGCAGAAAAUGAUACUCCUCUCCUUUUGAUGAGCUCAAAUUCUUGAUUGAGAUUAAAUGUGUAACCAGGGUGCUAACUGUAACUUUUCCCUAAAUGUAACUUUCGUUGUCGUUCGUAAAACAUGUCUGUUAAUUACUAUACUGUAUGUGUGACAGACGGGUAUCUAACUCGGGUUGCCUGCGCGCCUUGUUAGACCUCUGAGCUAAAGCCUAGGUGUGGAAGCUAACAAAUCUUCCGGUCCAAAGUAAGUUUACUGAUCACGGGAGCGAGCGUAUUCAACAAACCAGCUCUGCUACAUAUGUAUGUAUUCUGGAAAUACUGAAGGACAGGCCCUACCAAGUGCCUGUGUUAAUCCAUGUGCAGUUUCUAAACUUUUGUUAUGAUUUUAGAUAAGAUCUUAGUGGAAUUUAAAUUGCAAUAUCUUGGCAGCUGACUGGCAAUAAGAUCUUUGAAUGCCUUUUUAAAUAUGCUCCUGGUGUCAAUCUAUGUCAAAACUUGACACAUUCCAGUUGAUGUUAAAGGGAUAGUUAACCCAAAUUACAAAAUGACACAUUAGUUUCCUUACCCGUGUAAUAAGCAGUCUUAUGCAUAAGGUAUGACAGCAAUCCAUACUUGGGUUUAGUUUCCCUGGCACUGUUUCCACAUGUUAACGUUUUAGCAUUUGUGGCACAAAUCCCAUUCAAGUAAUGGGAUUGAUAUUAGCAGUUUUCACGCAAGUAUUCCAAAUCAUCCAAAAGUAUCUAAAAUUGAUUGUGAAGCUCAACAAAGUCACUUCUAGAUGUUUUGAACAUUAUGCACAAAAAAUGCAAUAUUAGAUUUGUUGCACAAAUGCUAAAACGUUAGCAUGUGGAAACACUGCAAGGGAUGCUAAACCAAAGCAUGGAUUGCUGUCAUACCUUGUCCAUAGACAGGGUAAGGAAACCAAUACAGUAUGUAAUUUGGGUGUACUAUCUCUUCAAGCACAAUGGUGAAAUUAUUUUCUUCCUAGGAUGUCAGACCCACACACUGACUGUUCAAUCAAUGGGAAAUACCCAACAUUAGUACAUUGUGCAAGUUUUACCAGUUUUAUAGAAUAGUAUUAAUGUAAUAGUUGCCUAUACACCACGUUAUUGUAAUGUAUUAGUGAGAUUAUAUGCAGGAUGAUCCUGUAUUCUAUUAAUGGUGACUUGUAUGGAAGUAUGUCAAUGGGAUUGUGUUAGAGAAUGGUGAUUGUUGAUUCAGUACACGUGCAAAAUAUUUACAUUAAAAAAAUGAGUAACAAAUGUACAU